GAAAAACUAGACGUCGCUCUUUUUGAUAUGCAGGCGUUUGAUCCUGUGUUUGCUUCCGUGCACCGCGUUACCAAGUUUCACGCCGCUCUGCUUGUUCAUCAGCAGAAGUUUGAAAUGACCACUUUCGUUCUCCAGUCUGCUACAGUUUGGGCUGCCUUGCUUCUGGGCCUAACGCACGCUGGGACGUACACCGGAUACACGGCGACUGGGCUAAUUCCGUUUUUCGAGGCUGGCGAGCCUGGUCUCGCAUUUGGAGAUGACGUGCACGUCAGGGCGUACUGAUCUCCAUCGGCGGCGAAUCCGUUCCCUUGUACGUCGACACGGGCAGCUGCGGCAUCAUUAUCUCGGCGCGCAACGUUUCGGGCUAGACCGGCACCCCCCGGACGGCGCAGAGGAAGGAUGGCAUUAUCUAUCUAGCAGCAAGAUCCUCUAUAACGGCUACUGGGUGACCAAAAACAUCUACUUCAGGGAUACGUACGAUUAUCCCGAUACAGCUCCCGGCCCAAGACUCCCUCACUAUAUCAGAACAAGAGCCCCCAUCCUCGUCGUGACCAGAAAGUACGUGUGCAAAGAGUACGACAUUGACGUGGCGGGCAAGGAUUGUCUCGGGGAUCCAUACUCGACGGAAGACAAUCCCCGGGGCAUCUUUAUCCUCGGCUCGGGGUUCGGGCGCACGCACGACGGGCAGCCCCAAGGCACACCCAACAAAAACCCGCUGCUGCACGUUACCAGCUUCCGAGGGCGCACCAGGGCCGUUCCCCCAUCCUCCACCGACAAUUACUGGCCGGGCUACAUCAUCAGCAAGGAAGGGAUCACAGUCGGCCUAACCGAGACGAACACGGCAUCGAUGAGCUUUGUGUAACGGUCCCAGGAGUAUAUUGCAACUAGCUGGUGACGACUCUACGAGUUUGCCUCGAAUGGAGAGAGAAGAAGAAAAGAGAGAACUAGAUGACAGGAAGAGAGGGCAGCUCUUAUAUGCUCCGGAACACAUAGACACUGCCUGCCUCAGGAUGACGUUAUCAUGAUACCACGGCCGAGGGUUGCCGAGGCCAUCAUGGGCUCAGCCCAUCACAGGCCCCACCCAAGGUCUGGUCAGCUCGCACAUACAAGAUCGAUAUUGCUACAACGAGAGCAAGAGCUAGAUGACAGGAAUGGGCGUGCCACCAGACCUUAAGUACUGGAGCAGAGGCCUAUGCGUAAGCAUGACCAUAGACG